AUGGAGACUCUGGAAGAUGUGUUUCUCAAGCUUUGCCAGCAAGACAGCACUCUGGCAGAUACAGCAGAACCUGGUGUUACUACAGAUGGCUUACUGCUGAACACCACAGACAACACUGUGUACACUGACGACAGCUUGGUCUUUCAGGGUGCUGAGACCAGUGCGUACAGUAUAGAAUUCCGUCACCAUGGCGACAGAAGCCAGCUGUUGGAGGAUAGCCAGCGUAGUUCAACUUCCAAACAUUAUAGACAUUUACAGCCUGGCGAAUUCUCCACCAAUACACAUUCCACUGACCUAGAGCACAGCAGUAAGUGUUGUACCAGGUGCUGGUCCUGGUUUUCUCUUCCUAAACCUACCAACAUCUUAGCCCUGGUGAUCAAGAACCUGAUUAUCAUGAGCAGAAACCUUGGGUUUCUAUUCUUUGAGUUCAUGCUACCUUCCAUCCAGAUUAUUCUGUUCUGUCUGUGUAUUGGUCCAGAGCCACGUGACCUCACCGUUGCCAUAGUGAACCAAGACCAAGGCAUGCUGGGAAUGAACUGUGGGGCUAUGGUCAUAAAUCACUUGAGUAAUGAGACCUUUGCAAAGGUCAAUUAUAGUGAUCUUACCUCUGCUUUGAACACUGUCAAGCAAGGAGAUGCCUGGGGGGCAGUGUUUGUUGGCAAGAAUUUCACUCAGGAUCUUUUUCUUAGAGUUAGUAAUACCAGCAGUGUGGACAACAAAACAAUAGAUGGCAGCAGUGUCAAACUCUAUCUGGAUAUGACAAACCAGCAGAUAGCCCUGUCUAUCCAACAGGAGAUCAUGACAGGGUUCCAGGCGUUCACCACCGACAUGUUGAGGAGUUUGGGGCUUAAUGUUCAUGCAGCAGACUUACCAGUGAAGUUGGAAGAACCAGUUUAUGGUGACAGGAAGCCCUCCUUUACCAACUUCAUGGCCCCUGGGAUAAUUAUCAGUAUUACAUUCUUCAUGGCCUGUGGACUCACAGCUUUGGCAUUUGUACUGGAAAGGAAGGAAGGACUGUUGGACAGGAGUCUGACAACAG